UCCCGCUCCCGCCCCCUCGCCUCGCCGGGCCGCCGGGGCCGCUCCUCCCCUGGGUGGGUCUCGGCUCCUUUUCUGGCAGGGUCUAUUUGCAUAGAGGAAACUGCCCAAAGUGGCCGCUGUGGAGGAGCUGGCAGCGGGGAAGGGGGUGUGCGCCGCGGUCCAGCAGCUGCCCAGAGGCCGAGCCCCGCGCCCGGCCGACCUCGUGCCUCGGGCUCUCCCGACCGCUCCCACACGCUCAGCCUGCGUCCCCGGGCUCUGUGCACCGCCGGCUCCGAGAGCUCACGCUCGACGAGCGCGCCAUGAGUCCAGGCCGGCGCGCCUGCGAGGACGAGCGGAACGGAGACCCGGCUGGCGGCGGCGGCGGACCGGUGAGCCCCGCGACUGGAGCGCGGGCCUGGGCGGUGAGCGCGCUGUGCCUGCUGCUCUCCGCGAGCUCGGCGGUCGCCUGCCUGCUGCUGGGCGUCCAGGCAGCCGCGCUGCAGGGCCGGGUGGCGGCCCUCGAGGAAGAGCGGGAGCUGCUGUGGCGCGCGGGGACUCCCGACGCCUUGGCCGCCUGGGCCGAGCCGCGGCUGGAGCGCCUGCUGCGUGAGAAGUUGGAGGGACCAGUCAAGCUCCGGACAGUUCGAGAAGCACCGACAGACUGUGUCUGCCCCCCAGGCCCCCCUGGACGGCGUGGCAAGCCCGGAAGAAGAGGUGAUCCCGGUCCUCCUGGGCAAUCGGGACGAGAUGGCUACCCGGGGCCACUGGGUCUGGAUGGAAAGCCUGGACUUCCAGGCCCCAAAGGGGAAAAGGGUGCACCAGGAGACUUUGGCCCCCAGGGAAAUCCAGGGCAAGAUGGAGCUGCUGGGCCUCCAGGGCCCCCAGGACCCCCUGGGGCCCGGGGCCCUCCUGGCGACACCGGGAAAGAUGGCCCCAGGGGAGCACCAGGCCCAGUGGGUCCCAAAGGAGAAGCUGGACAAGAUGGUGCAACGGGCCCAAGUGGACCCCCAGGGCCCAAGGGGGAUGAUGGGAUACCAGGCCAACCAGGGCUCUCUGGACCCCCAGGGCCCAAGGGGGAGCCCGGCCACCCAGGCACUGAUGGAGCCACGGGGCAGCGGGGUCCCCCAGGCCUCAAGGGUGAACAAGGAGACACAGUGGUAAUUGACUACGAUGGCAGAAUCUUGGAUGCCCUUAAGGGUCCUCCUGGGCCACAGGGGCCCCCAGGGCCACCAGGGAUCCCCGGAGCCAAGGGCGAACUCGGAUUGCCUGGUGCUCCUGGAAUCGACGGAGAGAAGGGUCCCAAAGGACAGAAAGGAGACCCAGGAGAAGCCGGACCAACAGGACCCAAAGGGGAAGCAGGAGAGAUGGGCUUGUCAGGCCUCCCGGGUGCCAACGGCCCCAAAGGAGAGAAGGGAGAGUCGGCAUCUGACAAGCUACAGGAGAGCCUGGCCCAGAUCAUAGCAGAACCAGGGCCCCCAGGCCCUCCUGGUCCCCCAGGCCCCAUGGGCCUUCAGGGGAUGCAGGGUCCCAAGGGCUUGGAUGGAGCAAAGGGAGAGAAGGGCUCGUCGGGUGAGAGAGGACCCAGCGGCCUGCCUGGGCCAGCUGGCCCACCAGGCCUUAUUGGGCUGCCAGGAACCAAAGGAGAGAAGGGCAGACCCGGGGAGCCAGGACUAGAUGGUUUCCCUGGACCUCGAGGAGAAAAAGGAGACCGGAGCGAGCGUGGAGAGAAGGUGGGAAAGGGGGAUCGCGGUGUCCCGGGUCGGAAAGGAAUGAAAGGCCAGAAGGGCGAGCCGGGACCCCCAGGCCUGGACCAGCCGUGUCCUGUGGAGAAUCUUAGAUGCAGAGGCAGGCGAGGGGCGCCAGGUUCCAGGGGCCUGGCCAGGGCCGGUGGACCCUGCCCUGCGGGCCCCGAUGGACUGCCUGUGCCUGGCUGCUGGCAUAAGUGAUCCUGAGCACGCAGUUCACAACCUGUAUAGAUCCUUGUGGACAUUUUUAACUUUUGUAAAAACAAAACAGUAAUAUAUUGAUCUUUUUUCACGGGAUGCAACACCAAUACUUGUGGCCUUUUAACAUAUGAGAGUAUGCCCAGCCCAGCCCCAGGACAAUCAGUGUGUGAAGCUGGCAGGAAAGCGGACAGGCCCCCUGGGGACACUGUGUACUUGCAGGGCUCCCUCAGGGCUUGGCUUUCCCAGGAAGGAGAUGAAAGUAAAUUGCCUGGCUCAGGAGAGGCUGCAGAGAGGCCAGGUUGGGCUUUUGGUCACCUGAGAGCAGAGACUCUGGCUGUUCCGCUGCCCUGCAAGAGCUUGCCCUCUGAAGCUCUGGAGCCCCGGGGCCAUGCCAUCCACAAAGGCUCGUGGCAUGAACAGCAAACACAACUGAUCUUGGCCCCUCUGGCCUCUGCACUCAGCCACAGCCAGCUGCCCACCACUCUGGGCCCCCUUGGGCCCUGGGUUCACCAGGGCAGGACAGGACUUCCACCCAGAACUCAUAGCUGGAGCUGUGGGAAGCAACCUAAGUGGGCUGAGCUCCCAUCGAGUGCUGUAGGCCUCAGGAACCAGCCUGCCUGCUAUGAGAACACGUGUCCUCUGGCCAGAAGUAAAGGCCAGGCUCUUUGAUCACUACCAUGUGGACCUAGCACCAGGGAGCCCUCUGAUCCUCGAACACAGAGGUCCCAGGCUGGAAAGUCUGCUGUUUCCUGUUUUUCACCACACCCACCACAUGAGGGAUGUGAUGGGACUGCCAGCCUGAGAAGAUGGACUGCCAGCUCAGAGUUUGGGCCUCGAUGACCCCAAGUCUCCCCACCCAGGGGAACUCUGGUCAGCCUGCCAAAAAUGAGUCCUCUGAGUGAGCUAUGUAAAUGAAAAGAGCCUCAGGGCUGCUUCCACGCCUGUCUGAGUAGGUGGCCUGUGCCCUCAGCCAAUGAUGCUCUGAGAAGAGGUUCCCCUCCUCUGACAAGGGGCCCCAGCCACCGGCUCCAGACCAACUACUUGCCUCCCCCUCUGUGUAGAUGGAUAUUGUUGUGUGUAAUAAAUCACAAAUGUGUGUCUGGGUAUGUCUGUCCUUGCAGACUGCCCCAAGGGCUAUCCCUA